CAAAACUCCUUUCUUCUUCUCUAAAUUUUCUCUCUGUGAUUUCUCCUCUACCAAAAAUUCAGAUCCAAAAUUAAUCAAAAAAAAUAAAUAAAAAAUGUCUUUAAAUAUAAAAUCCUUGACACAAGCAUUCGCAAAAACAAUCGAAAAAACGGUCCAAGAUGUAACCGGGCCAAAACCAUUACAAGACUACGAGCUUCUGGAUCAGAUCGGGUCAGCCGGACCCGGACUCGCGUGGAAGUUAUACACCGGAAAAGCGCGUGGCGGAUCAACAGGGAUAUCACAUCAGUAUCCAACUGUGUGUGUGUGGGUGAUUGAUAAGAAAUCGAUAAGCGAAAACCGAGCGAAAUCGGGGUUAUCGAAAGCGAGUGAGGAUUUAUUUUAUGAGAUUGUGAGAGCUGAUGCAGCUAGGUUAGUUAGGUUGAGACAUCCAGGUGUGGUGCACGUGAUCCAAGGGUUAGAUGAGAAUAAGAAUGCCAUGGCGAUGGUUACGGAGCCGUUGUUCGCGUCUGUCGCGAAUGCCGUUGGGAUUUUGGAUAAUGUGGUCAAAGUUCCUAAAGAACUUCAAGGGAUGGAAAUGGGUUUGUUGGAAGUAAAACAUGGAUUACUUCAGGUAGCAGAAUCUUUGGAUUUUCUCCACAAUAAUGCCCGUCUCAUUCAUCGUGGCAUAUCCCCUGAGGCCGUUCUUAUCAACUCAAGUGGAGCUUGGAAGCUUGGUGGAUUCAGUUUUGCAGUAUCAGCAGACCAGUCAUCUACAGAUUCAUCUACUGUGCAGCCCUUCCAUUAUUCGGAAUAUGAUGUUGAAGAUUCGCUACUCCCUCUUCAACCAUCUUUGAACUACACCGCUCCAGAGUUGGUUCGGGCCAAGGCUUCUUCAGUCGGAUGUUCUUCUGAUAUCUUUAGCUUUGCAUGUCUCGCUUUUCAUUUGAUUGCUAAAAAGCCUUUGUUUGACUGCCGCAAUAACGUGAAAAUGUACAUGAAUAAUUUGACAUAUUUAUCCAGCGAUGCUUUUUCAUCAAUUCCCCAUGAACUAGUUGCGGACUUAAAAAGAAUGCUUUCACCAAAUGAGGCUUUAAGACCAACGGCUUUGGAUUUUACAGGUUCUCCCUUUUUCCGUGAUGACACUAGGUUGCGAGCACUUCGCUUCCUGGACCAUAUGCUUGAAAGAGAUAACAUGCAGAAGUCAGAGUUUUUAAAAGCUCUGUUGGACAUGUGGAAAGAUUUUGAUGCUCGUGUGUUGCGCUACAAGGUUCUUCCGCCUCUGUGUGCAGAGCUUCGGAAUAUGGUUCUGCAGCCAAUGAUCCUGCCAAUGGUUUUAAAGAUAGCCGACUCACAGGAUAAAAUUGAUUUUGAGACAUCAACAUUGCCUGCUCUUGUUCCUGUUUUAAGCACUGCUGCAGGUGAGACGCUACUGCUGCUUGUGAAGCAUGCAGAGCUAAUUGUCAACAAGGCUAGUCAAGAGCAUUUGGUUUCUCAUGUGUUGCCCAUGCUUGUGCGAGCCUAUGAUGAUACCGAUGCUCGGAUGCAAGAGGAAGUGCUGAAAAAAACUGUAUCCCUUACUACAAAACUUGAUUCCCAGCUAGUGAGACAUGCGAUUUUGCCUCGUGUACAUGGCUUGGCACUCAAGACGACAGUUGCUGCGGUGAGAGUGAAUGCUUUGUUAUGUCUAGGUGAUAUGAUUUCGGUUCUUGAUAAGCCAUCUGUCUUGGAGAUCCUGCAAACGAUUCAGCGUUGCACUGCCGUUGACCGGUCUGCUCCAACUCUUAUGUGCACUCUUGGGGUAGCCAAUUCUAUCUUGAAACAGCAUGGAGUGGAUUUUGUAGUCGAGCAUGUUCUUCCAUUAGUUGUCCCUCUUCUCCUUGCACAGCAAUUGAAUGUUCAACAAUUCGCGAAGUACAUGUCGUUUGUGAAGAGCGUUCUUAGGAAAGUAGAAGAGAAAAAGGGAGUAACCAUGAAUGAUAUAGGAGGUGAAGUAAAAUCCUUUCCCACACCCGAUGGCAAUAUAGCACCACCCUUAAAGAAAAAUGUUCCAAGCGUUUCAUCCUCCUUAAAAAGUACUUCCACAUGGGAUGAAGAUUGGAUCACGACAAAAGGAUCCUCCACAGAACCUAAAUCAUCAACAAAUACACCAUCAAUUGUCCAAGAUAAUUCAAACAAUAUGCAUUUCCCAUCAGCUGUUCAGAAUAAUUUAAAGGAUCUGCAGUUCUCGGCAAUGUCUAAUCCAUCCAUGAAUCCAACACCAACAUCAUGCCCGGCAGCUGAUUUUGAAUGGCCUCCUCCCUCAUCUUCCCAACAAGUAGGUGAUAAUAUGAAAGGAGGCUCUUCAAAUGCAAGCUUUGAUGAUUUAGAUCCAUUUGCAAACUGGCCUUUGGCUGCAUCCAGAGCUUCUACCAAUGGUACAUUAACCCCGUCUGUAAACACAACACAAAAUCCAGCAAAUAACAAUACCAGCUGGGCCAACAGUUUUGAAUAUCCCAGUAUUAGUAGUAGCAAUAGUACUCUUAAUGGUGGAGUUACAUCCCAGAACUCUAUUGGGUCUAUGAGAAACAAUCAGAGUGUAUCAACUGGUCCCAAGGCCACAGAUAUUGGUUCGAUAUUUGCUUCAAACAAGACCACACAGGCACUAAGAUUAGCGCCACCUCCCCAGAAUGCGGUUGGCAGAGGGAGAGGAAGUAGAACUCAAGGGCAAAGUCGCCAAUCCCGUUCUACCCCAAAACCAUCAUCCGAGCAGCCUCCUCUACUGGAUUUGCUCUAGCUAGCUUACUUUAAUCUUGUGCCUUCAAAGUCCAGUUAGUAGUGCAUGGUCAUGGCCGCCUGUUCAUAUAUAUUGUGAUCGGAUAAUCUCCACGUAUUCAGUUAUGUUCUCUUCUCUUAUAGGUUUUUUGCUACUUGUCUUCCCCUUUCUAUAUAACCGAUAGCGAUCUUUUUGUUUUGGGUGUUGUUUGUACAAGUACAUUAACUAGUUUAGUUGCGGAAAAUUAAAAUUCUUUAUUCAAAGUGUAAAAGUUUAUAGACUUCUGAUGCAA